AUGGCAUCUGUAAACAGAACCAGUGAAAUACAUAAGAAACUUAAAGUCAACAAACAACAACUGCUGAAGGAGAUAAAUGAAAAGCGUGAAUCCAACUGCUUGGUGGAAAGAAGCAAUCGAGUCAGUUUAUUGAGAAUUCAAAAGAGGCACUUCCAGGGUGCCUAUAAGUCCUGUACUCAGACCCAAACCAAAGAACAUGUGCCCGACAGUGGGAGGAGCUCCUGGGUCAAACUGAGUCUCCUUGUUCACACAGAGAAAAAGCACUUUCCACAAAAAAAUAAUGCCAUAUUUGGAUAA